AUGGACUACUUUGUCCCAAAUCCUAUCUACACGCUUGAGGACUUCAGACGUCGAUUCCGAAUGAGGCGUCAUGUUUUCCUUCGUUUGGUAAAUGAUAUCCCAAAUGUCAACCCCUACUUCAGACAGACAACUGAUGCCACUGGUAAUCUUGGUUUCUCGCCCCACCAAAAGCUUAUGAGUGCAAUCCGAAUGUUGGCAUAUGCAAGCUCAGCAGAUCAAAUCGAUGAAUCCAUGAGGAUAUCUAAGUCAACUUCCAUUGAGAACCUUGGUGAAUUUUGCCGUACAAUUGUUCACACAUACAAGGAUGAGUACCUUCGACAACCAACACAUGAGGACCAAAAUAGGCUCCUAGAAAGAGUGGAGAGGCGGGGCUUUCCUGGAAUGAUAGGAUCCCUUGACUGCAUGCAUUGGGUGUGGAAGAAUUGUCCAAUGGGAUGGAAAAGGUCUUUUAGUGGUAAAUCAAAAAAACCAACUAUUGUUUUGGAAGUGAUAGCAUCCUUUGACACAUGGUGUGGCAUGCUUUCUUUGGAAUCCUGGGGGCCUAAAAUGACAUCACCGUACUCGGACAUUCACCUCUCUUCAAUUCCCUCACGGAGGGCAACACUUGUUGAAUCAAUUAGACAUCCUGAGAAUGCGGCAGAUGAAUAUUUUUCCACCAUGCAAGAGGCAUACUAUAAGGACGUUGAAAGAACUUUUGAUAUUCUUCAAGCUCAAUUUGCAAUCAUUAGGCAACCGACAAAAGGGUGGAGUCUAGCAAAACUUAACUCCAUUAUGAUGAUUUGCAUAAUACUGCACAACAUGAUUGUGGAAGACGAACGGGAUGACUACUACGAUGGAGAGUCCGACAACGAAGAUUCUGAUCCAAAUAGGUCAAAGAGAGCCUGUGCAUCGAUAUAUGAUGGACCCGAUUUUCCUCGAGAUCUAUGA